AUGUUCCCUGCUCAGGAGGAGGCCGACAGGACUGUGUUUGUGGGGAAUUUAGAGGCCCGAGUGCGGGAAGAGAUUCUUUACGAGCUGUUCCUUCAGGCUGGGCCACUAACCAAAGUGACUAUAUGCAAAGACAGAGAAGGAAAGCCAAAGUCUUUUGGAUUUGUCUGCUUUAAACACCCAGAAUCGGUGUCAUAUGCCAUAGCUUUGCUGAAUGGAAUUCGUUUAUAUGGAAGACCAAUUAAUGUGCAAUAUCGAUUCGGGAGUUCUCGCUCUUCUGAACCAGCUAACCAAAGUUUUGAGAACUGUGUUAAGACAAAUCCACACAGCUACAGGAAUGAAGAAACAGUGAGCAGAACUUCCUUUCCCAUGCAGUUUUUUCCAAUUAAUAAUACCGCUUUACCUCCAGAAUAUUUUUUCUUUCAGAAGAUGAUGAAUGUCUUUUUUUCACAGCAGUGGCAUGCAUAUAAUCCAAUGCUGCAGCUUCCUUACUAUGAGAUGACAGCACCACUUCCUAGCAGUGCCUCCCUGUCUUCCUCACUCAAUCAUGUUCCAGAUCCAGAGGCUGGAUCCAGCUCUUACGAAUGGACUCACCAACAACCAAGUAACUCUGACCUUUAUCAAAUGAAUAAACGAAAGAGGCAAAAGCAAACCAGUGAUAGUGAUAGUAGCACAGAAAACAAUAGAGUAAACGAAUAUAGCCCAAAGUUCCGAAAGUGUAAGAAGAAGAAAAGAUAUUAG